AUGGAUCCCAGGGGGCUUCUCUCCUGGGACGUUCUGCUGUUUCUCUCCCUGGCGUUUGAACGGAGCUGUGGAACAGGUUGCCCGACAAUCUUUGGGCGGUUGGGAAGCAGCGUGCUGUUGCCCUCAGUAUCUGAUGGGAUAAGUAAGAGUAUGAACAAGAGCAUCCACAUAUUAAUCACAAAGGCAGAAUCACCGGAAAACAGGUCCAGUAAGAAAAUCGUGUCUCUUAAGCUGCCAGAAGGAGGCUCUUCAUCCCACCUGGAAAAUGGCUAUAGUUUUUACCCGGAAAACUUGAGCCUGGAGAUCCUGGAAAGCGAAAAGGAGCAUGAGGGCUGGUACACUAUGACCCUGGAGGAAAAACAUUCAGUCCAGCGCUUUUGCCUGCAGCUGAAGCUCUAUGAGCAGGUCUCCACUCCAGAAAUUACGGUGCUGAACCAGACCCUGGAGAAUGGAAACUGCAGCGUAGUGCUGGCCUGCACCGUGGAGAAGGGGGACCACGUGGUUUACAGCUGGAGCACGGAGGCAGGCACCCACCCGCUGAGUGUAGACAAUGGCUCCCAUCCUCUGUACCUCACCCUCGGCCCUCAGCAUGCUGACGAUAAGUACACCUGCUCCGCGAGCAAUCCCAUCAGCAACCGUUCCCAGACGUUCACCCCAUGGUCCAGCUGCAGCUCCUCUUCCCCAGUACCAAGACAAUGGGGACUGCAUGUUGGGCUGCUCUUAGGAGGCAUCAUUGGUGUCAUCCUGAUUGGCCAAGUGGUAAUACUUCUGUUCAGAAGAAGAGGCCACACAGACCAUUACAAGCCAACAGUGGAAGCAAAAAACCUUACCAUCUAUGCCCAAGUCCAGAAAUCAGGAUCUCUUCAGAAGAAACCGGAUCCCCUGCCCGCCCAGGACCCCUGCACCACCAUCUACGUGGCAGCCGCAGAGCCUGCCCCAGAGCCUGCCCAGAAACCAAGCUCCAUCACGGUCUAUGCCAGCGUGACACUUCCAGAGAGCUGA